AUGUCCCCUUUCUACGUCGAUGUAGAUCCUGAUUUUAACUUCGCUUCUACUUAUCCUUUGUCCUACGACUCGACAUUUGAGAACUGUUAUUACUCUGGUACUGGAAACCUUCACAAUACAUUAAAUCUUUAUCAGUCUGUUACUUUCUUCGUCUUUGCUGAUCUCUUUAUCCGCUUUGCAGGAAUGUACUGCUUGAAAUUCUAA